GUGUGUCCAAUUCACUCACACCUCCACACACACACUGGGAAAGGCGGCGUACCGGCCAGGAUCCGUUACACUUGACCGGAACACCGGCGCUUCUAUGAGCGGACGCGACAUGGACGCAUGCGGCUGACGGAAUCGGACUCGGUUCUUCCUCUCCAACAGGUCCACCGCAGCUACAGACAUGUCGACGGGAGAAGCAGCCGGUCGGCGCGGGGAGGGGGAGUACGGAAGAGCGGCGAAGCGGCUGAAAAUGGAGGAGAAGGGCCGGGGGGAGGAUGAGCUGGAGGAGGGGGAGGACUCGGACAGCGGCUCUGUGCCCGCUAAUGACGCGGUAGAGGCGGACAGCUUAGCCCGUUGGACCGCCGGACCCUGCGGAGCGGAGCGGAGGGAUGAUGCUGAGGACUCACAUCUGAUAUCCCCCAGUCCUGUGGUCCAUGUCAGGGGUCUGUGUGAGGCUGUGGUGGAGGCUGACCUAAUAGAUGCCCUGGAGAAGUUUGGAUCCAUAUGCUACGUGAUGAUGAUGCCGUUCAAGCGCCAGGCCUUGGUGGAGUUCUCUGCAGCGGAGAGCGCCGACCGCUGUGUGUCCUGUGGAGCUGUUUACAUCGCAGGCCAGCAGGCUUACUUUAACUACUCCACAUCGAAGAGAAUCACCAGACCAACAAACGCUGACAACCCUGACAGCGGCAACAAGGUGCUCCUGCUGUCCAUCCAGAACCCGCUCUACCCAAUAACCACGGAUGUCCUGUACACCGUGUGCAACCCCAUAGGAAGCGUGUUGAGGAUCGUCAUCUUUAAACGAAAUGGGAUCCAGGCCAUGGUUGAGUUUGAGUCGGUUCAGUCUGCUCAGAAGGCCAAAGCAGCUCUGAAUGGAGCCGACAUCUAUGCUGGUUGCUGCACACUCAAGAUUGAAUAUGCACGACCGACACGCCUGAACGUGGUAAAGAAUGACAAUGAGAGCUGGGACUACACCAAACCAUACCUGGCCAGACGAGAACAUGGAAAGGGAAGACAAAGACAGGCCAUUUUGGGAGAACACCCAUCAUCCUUCAGUCAUAAUGGUUACGCCUGCCCCCUGCUGCCUCUGCCCAGUAACAGCAGGUACAAGCUGACCUCCGCGGACGUCCCAGACAUGGUGUCCUACCCCUUGCCCCAGUCGUCCUCCUCAUAUUCUGGCUACGCUCCCAGCUCGGUUGCCAUGGUAGGAGGCCUCCACCCUUCCAAGAUGAACUGCUCCCGCAUCUUCAAUCUCUUCUGUCUCUACGGCAACAUUGAGAAGGUGAAGUUCAUGAAGAGUGUACCUGGCACGGCGCUGGUUGAGAUGGGGGACGAGUACUCAGUGGACCGAGCCAUCACACACCUCAACAGCAUCAAGGUGUUUGGAAAAAGACUCAGUGUGUGUGUUUCCAAGCAGCAUGCAGUGAUCCCCAGUCAGGUGUUUGAGUUGGAGGAUGGGAGCAGCAGCUAUAAGGACUUCGCCAUGACCAGGAACAACCGCUUCAGCAGCGCAGGGCAAGCGUCCAAGAACAUCAUCCAGCCCCCAUCUGCGGUGCUGCACUACUACAACCUGCCCCCCUGCGUUUCCCAGGACUACCUACUGAAGCUGUGUGCGGAGCAUGACCUCCCGGGCUUCACCAAGUUCAAGAUGUUUGAAGCCAAACCCUCUUCUAAGACCAUCUCUGGUCUGUUGGAGUUUGACAGUAGGACAGAGGCUGUGGAGGUUCUUACUGUUCUCAACCAUUUCCAGAUCCGGAUACCCAAUGGAUCCAACCCAUACACCCUGAAACUCUGUUUUUCCACCUCCUCUCAUCUAUAAACAUUCUAAAAAUCUCCAGAAGAAACGAGAGGGUGGUGCUAGCCGACCGCAGGAGGAAAUGCAGAUGACAGAAAAGAAGAGCGGGAUGCUUCAGAUGGCCGUCCAGCCACAGCUCCACACCGGCUGAAAGACUUAAUAAACUCCUGGAGGAUGCUCCUCUGAAAACGGUUGUAGAGCAUAAAACUGGGUCUUGUCCCACAUUUUAAUGUUUAACUGGAAAACACACGUAAACAUGGAGAUUUUCAGGGAAGAAUUAGAUCUUGACCGUUGCCAUGGAUACUGUUCAACUAUGAUGGAGAGGGUUUGUGGGUAAAUUGAGUGUGUAGCACAAAGAUUUCCACAGUAUUUCAUGCCAUCUGUUGCCCGUACAGCAGGUUGAGACCAGCAGGAAGUCUGGAAGUCCUCACAUCUCAGCUCUGGAACAUCUUUAGUUUAGUCAGGACUCCAGUGGAUGUGUGAAAACAGCUUUUUGUACUAACUAGAAUCCAAUUAACUCCAGUUAAUGCCAGGUGCUGGGACUGGUGAGGAGUUUGCUGUAAGGUCACAGACCACCUGGAAACUGGAAAAGGAGGCAGUUCUUGAUUAUUUGGUUCUCUGCACAGUCUUGAGGAGGUCACCAAGGGAGGAAAGUCCAGUCAGAUCCAUCAGCAUUGCUAAAAAACUCCUCAUCUCAAGCAGAACUUCUACAAGACAGUCCAACAUCUGAACCUGGUUCCAGGUGGACUCAUCACAGGGUGGAAACAUCCAGAUCCAGAUGGAGGAAAUUCCUGUUCAGCAUCAAACACACCCGGACCUGGAUGACAGCAGGUGUGUCCUCAGCUGAUAGAAAAGCCACGAAGAUCAGACAUUUUCAGUGAAGAGUGACCUUCAGAUUGAAGCGUUGUGUCAGGAAUGGGAAGUUUUCCAUUAGGAAUGAUCCUCAGAUCAGAGCGUUAUGUCGGGGAAAGGGAAGUUGUCCAGCAGGUCUGAUCCUCGGAUCAGAGCGUUGUGUCAGGAAUGGGAAGUUUUGAACGUCCUUCACCCAGUGUGGAUCAGUACUGGAAGGGUACCCGGAGGGUCAAUGUACCAACAACAAGGUGAAGAAGCUGACACUCCAGCGGACAGUCAGAAAUGAGGAACUUUUCUGAUCCAAUCCACGUUACAACAACGUGAGCAUUAACAGGCAUGCUGAGAAACGUCUCAGUCAGCUGACUCCUGUUUAUGUGUUUAUGGCAGGAAUGAACAGGACGUGUUGAUCCAGCAUGGAGUAGGAGUUUCUGCUCUCUAUGUUCAGCCACUGCUGCUGAGACUUCAUGUUGGACAUGUUUGGAACUUUAAACUAGAAGGAAAACCAGGAUGAAGCAAGAAUCCGGGAUGAAGGUGAUCCCAGCCUACUGCAGGUUUUCUUCUAUCAGCCUGGAGCCAGGAAGCAGGUCCUCAGUUUGCACAUCAUGUAAAGUUAAAAUCACAGUCAUGUUACAUUGGUUCCAUCAUCAACAGGAAAUAAUGGCGGGAGCUGAACUCAGAUUCUUUUAUACACUGCAAAUAAACACCUCCAAUACAACCUCCCGUCCAACACAGCCAGGACGCUGC